CAUAGUACUCAGACGUACGUAGGCAACACCCACCUUCAUUCAUUUCUGUAAAAUAACUGCCAUUUGGACGUUGCACUUUGUACUUGUGGUUCCUAGUUUGUUCUAUGUUGUUGAGCUUUCAUUUGCAUUUUGGAAUACGGUUAGUAGUGUUUUUGUGUUAUUAACCGAUUUUUAUCAAAAUCAACAAUGGUUAGAGUGUGCUUUUUGUGUAAAGUGUGUGAUUACCAGUCUGGUGCCGAACAAUUAACGUUUCAACUGGAUACCUAAUAACCUUCAAAGAAGACAAUGUUGUCUGCUUUGGGCUAUACUCCAGAUCAUAAAUUCUCAAAAUUGGCAGAAAUAUGCUCAACAAACUUCAUUGAGAUUGAUUAUGUGUAUCGAGAAGAUGGGUCCAGACUCCUGAAAAGGGAUGCUGUACCGAUUCAGAUGCAAGCAGCGUUUGAUCUCUCUAGUUCAAGAACUUUCAGAAGGAAGAUUAUGUAGGAAGUACAUCAGCAGAGUCCAGUUGUAGCCAAACUAUAUGAGAUGACAAUAGCUCAACCAGGAAAAGGUUAGUUUUUAAAAACAUUUGAUGCUCAUACGAAAACUUAAUCAAGAUAAAAAUCCUUAUUCUGUAGUUUCCAAGCUUGUAGAACAUGCUGAAAACAAUAUCUUGAUGAAACAAGAAAUAACAUUACAUUCAAUUCUGUGUUUAUGUGAUUUGAUUGAUUAAAAAAUAUGGCU